AAGAAGAGUCAGAAAGGUUACGGGAGGCGAAGGACAAACUGGCGAAUAUGGACGAGUUAAAGAUGGUACGCAAAGAACAGGAGGAUGAACUUGCUCGGUUGGAAAAGGAAAACGAUUUACUGCGUGCUCAAUACGCUAAGCAGCUCGAUCGUCUUGGGAAAGAUUUCAACCUCAAGUACGAGAAUCUAAGGUUAGAGUCAGAGGCACGGAUUCGAAGCACCAACGAUGAGGCACCAAAGAAUGCUCUUAAUCUCAUUCUGAAGCAAGCAGAAGAGACCUAUGAAAAGAGUUGUGAGUUACGCCACGAGAUCAUCAGAAUGAACACGAGUAUCAAAGAAAUGGAACAAGAAAUGGAAAAACUGGUGCUCCAAAAUGCCGAGUUCAGACGGGACGGAUUGUACCUAUCAGACCUCAGCUAUCUUGAACACCGCCGACUGAAUGGGACACAGAAAAUGACGUACUUCACAGGACAGAGUGGUUGAGAACUACUUGUUAGUUUACGCACGUUUUACUGUACGAUAAUUCAUUC